AUGCUUCAGCCCAAUAGUUUGAUGAAUAUCAGCUUUCGCCUUUCUGAGAUUUCUACUCAUAUCACUGAAUAAAUAAAAAAUCAAAAUGAGCAGUUUCAAGUAAUCUACACAGAAAGGUAAAAAACUUUGGAAAAAUUACAAAAAUAAAUAGAGAAGAUGAAUCAUGUGAUUUCAAGAGUGUGUGAUAAAUAACCUCCUUAAAGAAUAGAUUAGAUUCAAAUUCUCAAGAAUCAGUAGUAUAAAUAUGAACUUUAGAUGGAAGAAGAUUUAGAGCUUCCAUGUUAUAGAAACAGAAUUUUUCAAAUCAAACUUAGGCUUGUUUAGAAUGAAAAAACAAUAAUUAAUGCAAAUAACUUGCUUGUUGAAUUACAAAUGUAAGAAUAGCAAGUAAUAUUAGUUGGACUUAUGACAAGAUUCCUAAAAAACUUACCCAUAAUAACAAAAACCAAUCAAUUUUCAAAGGAUGCCAACAAGCUAUAAUUAAAAAAGGUUAUGGCAGCUUAAACCGAAUUCAAAUUAAGGAAGUUUCCUCCCAUUUUCCAAAAGGAGUAUUUAUGAUGAUUAUUUUACCGAUAGAUGAUGGUGCAGUUAUUGGAGAUGAGACGUAAUUAUUUGUUUUAUUAUUGUAGAAAAUAUUAGAUUAAAAAAGAAUGGAUAAAGCCAUUAAUUAUAAGUGAUGUUUCUAUCAAGGCAAAAAAGUUUUCUGACAGACAUAAUCCUUACUAUGCUAAGUCAGAUGGAACAAUUAAUAUUUUGGAAUAGGAAUGA